AUGAACACCACCUCAUCUUCCUCCUCAUACCGACCUGCCAUGAAAGUUGCAGACGCGUUAAGUAUUGUUUUAAACAAUAUAGACCUCAUUCCUUUCCAUCGUUCGCCCUUGAUGAAACUAGAAAUUGAGCCUCCAAAUUCAGCCGAUGCAUCGAGUGGAAAAAAGAAGAAGCAGCAACAACAACAACACUCGGAAGACGGUUCAUCCUCUCGUCUUCAAAUGAUACCCUUUUCUGAUCGGAAUAAGGUGAUCAAAUCACAGAUUGUGCGUAUUAUGUUGGAUACUCACACCUUGUGGGAGAGGUCAGCUCAGAACGAUGUUCUCUCCAACGCAGCUUCCCUUCAACUCAUUACUCAGCUGCAGACGAAACAACUACCUCCCAACGCAUUGCCAUUGCAUCCGAACACGAUCACUACAGCGGAACAAGUGGAUGAUCCUUACGAAAUGAAUCGAUUUGUGAAACAAUUUCUGAUUGAUGGUUACUUGGUGAUUGACCCUGCCGCUCUCAAGACCUGUGGACCCAUGUUUCAUAGAGAAAUGUUGGAAUUGGGACUCUCAGUUCGAAAUCAUUUAACCACAAAGAUACCUCAGAUUUUGCAUGUUUUUUCCGAUUCGACAGUGAAGAAAGUUCUCACUCGAUUGCUUGGAUCAGAUUAUGAAACACUUCCGACCACUCACAUGCAUUUGAGUGAAAGAGGAAGACUUGAUCAGCACUGGCAUAAGGACGAUUUUCAGGAUGGAUAUAUACGACCAGUGGAGCCUCCAACCACCUUAAAUCACGUAAUGGCCAUGUACUAUCCACAAGAUACAAUUUUAGAGAUGGGACCAACUGCCAUUCGACGAGGUACUCACUUUGAAGGCUACUCGAAUGAUUAUGUUCCUGAUCGAUAUUUAUUCGACCAAAAUCAGACCAAAUAUCGAGAGGUGUCUUUGACAUGCCGAGCAGGAACUAUUGUCAUGCUGCAUUUCGAAAUUGUCCAUAGACGAAUGAAGAACACUCUAACAAAUAGGUUCAUGAUGAAGUUUCAGUUUAGAAGAAGGCAACAACCUCCAACUCCAGGCAGCAGAGGUUUGAGUAACAAAAUGAAGGCGAUUGCCUCAACGAUACAACCCUAUGACGAAGUGAAUCCCAUUGAUGACAAUUACGACCAUCAAUUUAUUGAUCCAUUGGCAAGAAAAAUUUGGAAUUGGAUGCAUGGCUUGCUUCUGUCAGUAAUCGAGUGA